AUGGUGUGGCUCUCCCGCACACAAAUAAACAAAAAUGCUGCUACUGGCCCCUUGCAGUGCCCGGAUGGACCAUCCGCCAAGCCGGAUGGACCGUCCGCCAAGCCGGAUGGACCGUCUGCCAAGCCGGAUGGACCGUCUGCCAAGCCGGAUGGACCGUCUGCCAAGCCGGAUGGACCGUCUGCCAAGCCGGAUGGACUGUCUGCCAAGCCGGAUGGACUGUCUGCCAAGCCGGAUGGACCGUCUGCCAAGCCGGAUGGACUGUCUGCCAAGCCGGAUGGACUGUCUGCCAAGCCGGAUGGACCGUCUGCCAAGCCGGAUGGACCGUCUGCCAAGCCGGAUGGACUGUCUGCCAAGCCGGAUGGACUGUCUGCCAAGCCGGAUGGACCGUCUGCCAAGCCGGAUGGACCGUCUGCCAAGCCGGAUGGACUGUCUGCCAAGCCGGAUGGACUGUCUGCCAAGCCGGAUGGACCGUCUGCCAAGCCGGAUGGACUGUCUGCCAAGCCGGAUGGACUGUCUGCCAAGCCGGAUGGACCGUCUGCCAAGCCGGAUGGACCGUCUGCCAAGCCGGAUGGACUGUCUGCCAAGCCGGAAGAAACUUACCCAACAACGUAA